AUGGAUGUGAUCUGCCAAGCCAAGUCUGGUAUGGGGAAGACAGCUGUGUUUGUGCUGGCAACGCUUCAGCAGAUCGAACCAGUAGCUGGGGAGGUGUCGGCGCUGGUCCUCUGCCACACCCGUGAACUCGCAUACCAGAUCUGUAACGAGGUUCAGAGGUUUACCACAUACCUUCCGGAUGUCAAAGUCGCAGUCUUCUACGGUGGCGUGGCGAUCAAGACACACAAGGAUAUGCUCAAGAACGAAUGCCCGCACAUUGUCGUCGGAACGCCCGGUCGUAUUCUCGAUCUUGCUCGGCAGAAGGAUCUGAACUUAAAGCAUGUUCGCCACUUCAUUCUCGAUGAAUGCGACAAGAUGCUGGAGUCGCUUGAUAUGCGGAGGGAUGUUCAGGAGAUCUUCAAGCUUACUCCUCACGACAAACAGGUCAUGAUGUUUUCCGCGACGCUCAGCAAGGAGAUUCGCCCCGUCUGCAAGAAGUUUAUGACCGAUCCGAUGGAGAUCUACGUUGAUGACGAAACGAAGCUGACACUUCAUGGACUUGUUCAGCACUAUAUUCAAUUGAAGGAGAACGAGAAGAACAGAAAGCUGAACGACCUUCUUGAUGCUCUUGACUUCAAUCAAGUCGUCAUCUUUGUCAAAUCAGUGAACCGCGCUGCUCAGCUGAACAAGCUCUUGGUGGAAUGCAAUUUCCCCGCUAUUAGCAUUCAUUCUCAGAUGACACAGGAGGAGAGGCUGACCCGCUACAAGGCAUUCAAGGAGGGACACAAGCGCAUUCUGGUGGCAACAGAUCUUGUGGGUCGUGGCAUUGACAUUGAGCGAGUCAAUAUCGUCAUCAACUAUGACAUGCCUGAAAAUGCAGACACUUAUCUUCAUCGGGUUGGCCGUGCUGGUCGUUUUGGUACAAAGGGUCUAGCUAUCACUUUUGUGAGCUCGGAGGAGGAUUCGAAGAAGCUGGAUCAGGUUCAGUCACGGUUUGAAGUUGACAUCAAGGCCUUGCCAGAGCAGAUUGACACAUCUACGUACAGUAAGUUCCCCUUGUGCCAGGCUGGUAUUUAA